AUGUCUGUUCCGUCUUUCCAGGAUAUCGCCAAGGCGGCGAACGAUCUCCUCAACAAGGACUUCUACCACCUCUCUGCUGGCACCCUCGAGGUGAAGAGCAACACCCCCAACAAUGUCGCCUUCAAGGUCACUGGCAAGAGCAGCCAUGACAAUGCCACCAGCGGCACGAUCGAGGGCAAAUACGUUGACAAGUCCAAUGGCUUGACGCUCACUCAGACCUGGAACACCGCCAACUCCCUGGAGACCAAGGUCGAGAUGGCCGACAACCUCACCAAGGGCCUCAAGGCUGAGGGUGUUUUCGCCUUCCUCCCGGCCACCCAGGCUCGUGGCGCUAAGUUCAACCUGCACUUCAAGCAGCCCAACUUCCACGGCCGUGCCUUCGUCGACCUGCUCAAGGGCCCCACCGCCAACAUUGACGCCAUCGUCGGCCAUGAGGGUUUCCUCGCUGGUGCCUCGGCUGGUUAUGACGUCCAGAAGGCCAAGGUCACCAGCUACAGCGCCGCCGUCGGCUACCAGGCCCUGACCUACAGCGCCGCCAUCACGGCCACCGACAACCUCAGCGUCUUCGCUGCCAGCUACUACCACAAGGUCAACAGCCAGGUCGAGGCCGGCUCCAAGGCUACCUGGAACUCCAAGAGCGGCAACACCGUCGGCCUCGAGGUCGCCGCCAAGUACCGCCUUGACCCCGUCUCUUUCGUCAAGGCCAAGAUCAACGACCGUGGCGUCGCUGCCCUUGCCUACAACGUCCUCCUCCGUGAGGGCGUCACCCUCGGUGUUGGCGCUUCCUUUGAUACCCAGAAGCUCGACCAGGCCACCCACAAGGUCGGCACGAGCUUCACCUUUGAGUCCUAA